UUCUAUAUUUUCAAAGGUAGAAAAAAAUUGAAGUGACACAGCGAAGUUCGAGUAUGAGCCGCAAGAGAGAUAAACCCUACACAAACCGUCACACACCGGCGCGAAUUUCGAAACGCCGGCGACCAUGGGCGCCUUCGUCAUCGGAGCACGAUGAGAUUAUCGACAAACCGAUCACCAAACCUCCGCCGCCACCGGCGUUGGUAGUUAUGGGACUUCCCGCCAACUGUUCAGUUCUGGAGCUAAAAUCUCGAUUCGAGAUCUACGGUUCAAUCUCCCGAAUCCGAAUCCAUAAAGACGGAAUUGGCUCCGUUUCGUAUCGAACCGCCGAGUCAGCAGAAGCCGCCAUUGCUGGUAGUCACGAGCCUUCUUUCGGUAUCUCCAUCGAUUCCAAAAAGUUGGAGGUGGUUUGGGCGACGGAUCCAUUGGUGAAGUGGAAGGAAGGUGUGACGGCGGGAGAAGGAAAGGAGAGAACGUCGUCGUUUUCGUCGAAGCUUUUACGACCUGUGAUGCCUUUGAGAAAACAUGGGAGAAGCAGUAGGUUAGCGUCAGCUAUUGUUAAUCCGAGAAGUGAUAAUACUAAAGGAAUUAGUGGAGAUGGAGGGAUAUCAUCUCCGGCGACGACAAGUGAAGUUAAACAGAGAAAUAUAGUAACCUACGACGAUAUCGUUUAACACCAUUCUACUACAAUUAUAGUAACUUUGAUUCUUUUACAUAUUUUGGCAAUUUUAUGAGUUUAGCUAAUCCUGUUGGUAAUCUCAGUUGUCGAAUGUUGUGAAAUGAGUUGAGUUUUGUUUAUUUGUAUGAUUGUAACUUAUAAGAAAGAGAAGGAUUCCAAAAUGGGUAGAAGAUUCAAACUCAACCGGCAAGUAAAAAUCGACAAAAAUUCUUAAUCCGGUUACUGGUUUGGUUGAUUUUUCAUUGCCAUAAGCAAGCCAUACGUUUGUGGACGUGCUAAUAGUUGAUGCUAGUCUCCGUACAG